ACUUGUCCUUUUUUCAUUUUUUCCUCUGUUUCUUUUUUUGUGAGUACAAUAUUUUGUUUCUGCAGUUUCACGAGGAUUCAAGGAAACCAUUUCUACAGUCUGGCUGGAAAGUAGCAGAUGGCAGUGCUACUAUGCUGGUAACUGGGGUAGGGAAAUUUACUGAAUUGGGAAGGCUCAGGGCUAGCGCCGAUUCAAAAGACACGGAGAAACGGAAGAAUAAAACCCACUUGCAGGUGCUUUUAAAGGAGGUUGCUACCUUCAUGGGUGCUGUCGGAUUCAUGGUUGCUGCCAUUGUUGCAUAUGUUGUUUGGAUCAGAGACUUCUUUACUGGUGAUAGUUCAAAUGGAAGUCGUGAACCUGGAAGUACACUUGAAGAAGUCAUUCGAAUUAGUAUUAUUGCAGUCGCCAUUUUUGUCGUUUCAUUACCUGAAGUGCUUCCUUUAGCUUUAAACAUAAGCCGUCUCAGCUCAAUGAAAAAGAUGAAGGCAGACAACAUCUUGGUGCGGAGGCCAGCUGUAUGUGAAACCAUGGCCUUAUGCAAUGAUGCUGUCUGUGACAUGACUGGAAUUACUUUGGACAACGUGGAUGAUGUUCAAGCGGGGAUCACGGAAAUGCAAAGAGCUGGCAUUAAGGUACGCCUUGUUACGCAUGACGAUCCUCAAACUGCAAAAGCAAUUGCUAUGGAAUGUGGCAUACUUGCUUCUGAUGGGUCAGAUGCUAGUGAGGUAAUUGUUGAAGGAGAAGUGUUCCGACUAUCAGAACCUUGUCAGAGAGAUGAAUUAGCAGAGAAGAUUUUGGUAAUGCCACGGUCUACCCCCGAUGACAAACUUUUGCUUGUGCGAGCACUGCGGAAAAGAGGAAAGGUUGUUGCUGUCACUGGAUCUGUCAGUAAUGAUGCUCGUGCACUACAAGAGGCCGACAUUGGUCUUGCUAUGGGUGAACAAGCGACUGAAGUUGUUGUUGAGAGUUCAGAUAUCAUAAUCUUGGAUGGAAAUUUCGCUACUGUAGCCAAGGGUUUCAGAUGGGGACGAUCUAUGCAUGAAAAGGUUCUGAGAGUUAUGCAGCAGCAACUGACAGCCAAUAUUGUAGCAGUAACUAUAAACUGCUUGGCGGCAGUUUACUAUGGUCACAUUCCGCUCAAUGCUGUGGAGUUUGUGUGGGUGAAUGUUAUCAUAUUUGGUCUUGGACCACUAGUACUGGCUACUGAAUAUCCGGCUGAACGCCUGAUGGACGAACCCCCUAUUGACCAAGGACAACCUCUUACAAAAUAUAUUCGGUGGAAGAGACUGUUGAUACAGGUUCUGUACCAAAUUAUUACCCUGCUUGUCAUCAAUUUUCAAGGAGGGAGUUUACUGAAAAAUGAUACCAGAGACCACGCCACCAAAGUGAAAAAUACAAUGAUAUUCAACACAUUUGUUAUAUGUCAGAUUUCCAUUGAAUUCGAAGUUCGAAAGACUGGUUGACUGGACCAUCCUUUGAAAUGGAUUACUGCUAACUCCGUGUUUCUGGGAAUAGUGGGAAUAAUUCUUGUGAUUCAGUUUAUCAUCAUUGAGUUUCUUGGGAAGGCGUUUUUCGUAGUCAGGCUUGACUGGAAAGAGUGGCAGUUUUCCCUCACUCUUGGAAUUGUCGAGUUGUUUUUUGCACUGCUUCUAUUCGUAAAGCACUUGACACAAAGGAAUCAUCAUUAAGAUUCGAUAUCGGUGAUGUACUGAUGUUCAACCUGAUGAUGUUCAUGAAAAUCUUGUGCAAUCUGAUGAUGUUCAACCUGCCAGACGUUCAUUGCUGAACUCGUUUACCCUCGCACCUUCUCUUCAUCUUCCUCAUUUUAUGACUUGGUUCCUUGGGUGUAUUUUCGUUAUUGAUACAGACUACAUGUUGAAUAACCAUUCAUUAUCAAUUGAACUUGAAUAGUAUCAUUGUGUUGUCUAGGAUCCCGGCUUCCCUAUGCUGAAGCCAGGAAGGGCCUCAUACAUGACAA